AUGGAUGACAAACGCACGCUGUCAUACAUGAGCAAUGUGGCCGCCAAAUACAAAGUCCCCCGAAUCUCUGCACGGAACGCGGCUCUCAAGCGUUCUCUCCCCGCCUCGUGCUGGCUCCACACCUCCCCCGAGCUACAGGAUGCCAACAAGACCACCAUUGUCCAGUGCAGCAGAACCACUUACCUGAGGACCUACCCGCUGCUACUGGUCCAUCCGGACGGGUCCACCAUCACCAUCCACUACAAAGAGCCACGAAAACUGCUCACUCUGCCUAUAGACAUCACCACCCUCACAGAAGAAGAGCGGAAGGUGCGGCAGCGUCUCCGCGACCAGAGCAAGAAGGGGAAGGUGAAGGAGGAGAAGGACAUUUACCCCGACAUCAGCUUAGACGAGUACAAGAAGUUCUGGAAGAAAAAAUAA